AUGUUGUUUGCCGCUGCCUCGCGCACUGUCCGUCCCGCUGCCUCGCUGCCCAUUAGUGGUGCGCGUCUGCUUCGCCGCAGUCUUGCGACGCCGUCGAACGCCCCCACUUCCGCAUACAACAAGGAAAAGGAUGCGGACGGUAAAUACACCGUGACGCUCUUCCCGGGUGACGGUAUCGGCCCCGAGGUGUCGGGCGCCGUGCAGAAGAUCUACGAGGCUGCCAAGGUUCCGAUCAAGUGGGAGGAGGCCGAUGUCACUCCCUCGAUCAACAAGGAUGGCAAGCAGGUGAUCCCCGAAGAGACGAUCAAGUCGGUCCGCAAAAACACGAUCGCGCUCAAGGGUCCCCUUGCGACGCCGAUCGGCAAGGGCCACGUCUCGCUGAACCUGACCCUCCGCCGUACCUUCCACCUCUUUGCCAACGUCCGUCCUUGCGUUUCGGUCAAGGGCUUCAAGACGCCGUACGACGACGUGAACACGGUGCUUAUCCGUGAGAACACCGAGGGUGAGUACUCGGGUAUCGAGCACGAGAUCGUCGACGGUGUCGUGCAGAGUAUCAAGCUCAUUACCUACGAGGCGUCGGAGCGCGUCGCCCGCUACGCCUUCUACCACGCCAAGCAGAACGGCCGCUCGCGCGUGACCGCUGUGCACAAGGCCCCGAUCAUGAAGAUGUCGGACGGCAUGUUCCUCACUGCCUGCCGCAACGUCGCCAAGGAGUUCCCCGAUAUCUCGUACGAUGAGGACCUGCUCGACCGUGCCUGCCUGCGCAUCGUCCAGGACCCCACGCCUUACUCGGACCGCGUCAUGGUCAUGCCCAACCUGUACGGUGACAUUCUCUCGGACAUGUGCGCCGGUCUCAUUGGUGGCCUGGGCCUGACGCCGUCGGGCAACAUUGGCAAGGACGCCUCGAUCUUCGAGGCCGUCCACGGCUCUGCGCCGGAUAUCGCGGGCAAGGACAAGGCGAACCCUACCGCCCUGCUCCUGUCUUCGAUCAUGAUGCUCCGCCACAUGAGCCUCUUUGAGCAUGCGAACCAGAUCGAGAAGGCGGUCUUUGACACGAUCGCCGCGGGUGAGCGGACGGGUGACCUGGGUGGCAACCUCGGCACCUCGGAGUUCACCGACUGCAUCAUCUCGCGCCUCUAA